GAACGCAGCUCAACGCUGCAACAUCACUGGCUCACUGCAUGACAAGUAAUUUUAGUUGGUCGGCGUAAGAGUCUUGUGGUUUGCGAGUGACAUUAUUACUUUUAUCCUUCUUUUAAAGAAGUACUAAUAAAAAUGUUUCGCAAUCAGUACGAUAGUGAUGUGACAGUGUGGAGUCCGCAGGGACGACUGCAUCAAGUGGAGUAUGCUAUGGAAGCUGUCAAAUUGGGAUCAGCUACUGUAGGUCUUAAGAGCAAAACACAUGCCGUUCUUAUUGCACUGAAGAGAGCAUCAUCAGAGCUAUCAGCUCAUCAGAAGAAGAUCAUACCGAUAGACAAACAUAUGGGAAUCAGCAUCUCAGGUUUAACAGCUGAUGCAAGAAUAUUAAGCCGUUAUAUGCGAACCGAGUGUUUGAAUUAUAAGUAUGCUCAUGACGAUACAUUACCUGUGGGUCGCUUAAUUACAUCUCUGGGAAAUAAGAUGCAAACAUGCACACAAAGAUAUGAUCGACGUCCAUAUGGUGUCGGUUUGAUCGUGGCUGGAUAUGAUGAUCAAGGGCCACAUAUUUAUCAGACGUGUCCAUCGGCAAAUUAUUUCGACUGUAAAGCAAUGGCUAUAGGAGCUCGUUCUCAAAGUGCAAGGACGUACUUGGAGAAACAUUUAAAUGAAUUUCUGUCGUGCGAUCUUGACGAGUUAGUUAAGCAUGGCCUUAGAGCGUUACGUGACACCCUACCUAAUGAAGUUGACUUAUCAGUGAAGAAUGUAUCAAUUGGGAUAGUAGGGAAGGGUUACGAUUUCGCUAUUCUCGAUGAAACUACAACGGCUGCUUACUUGUCCCAAAUUGAAGGAGACGAUAAACGUGGAAGGCCUACCGAGCCGGCUAUACAAGACGACACCAGACCUCCGCAAGAUCCGCCAGCUGAUGAAGCUCCUCAAGAUCCUCAAGUUGCUAUUGCCAUGGACACGGAUUAAAAUAGUAAUAUAAAUUUUAUUUGCAUUCAAUUUAUAUAUAACAGAAAGCUGCAUUUUACGAUUAAAUAUCAAUUUUGUAACAAUGAUAAAUCUGUAAUUUAUAGAACAUUUAUUAUUAGUCCAUUAAUAGUAACAUGUUCAGGUAAUUCUAUUACUAAAUUGUGACUUUCUUCUCGCAA